AUGCGGCGGUAUCAAUUCGUGAAGCAUAUAAUAUUGAAUAGGUUCGAUCAAAAUACACAACAAACUGUCGUUGAUGACGUUGAUGGCAAUCUAGGUGUCGCCGAAAAUAUCAGCAUCAAAUUCGCGGACAGAGUGAGGAAAGCACGAAAACACUCAUCAGUCAAUAUAAUUUUUAAUGCAUCAAUGAUAUCCACAUUUCCUCAAGACAAAUGUUUGUCAAACAGCAAGAAUAAACAUCUUCUGAUAUCGGUACUAAAGAGUGUUCAUCUUCAACCAACAGAAAAUGUAUCUGUUGUAAGAAUAGCCCAAAUAGUAAAUUCAGAGAAUGAUACUACAGAAGUUUAUGUAGAGGAGUUAUUAGAAAGCAGUACUGAUAGCAUUGCAAAUAAUUCUGAAAUUUGGAGUAGUAAAGGCAAGCCGUCUGAAGAAAUAUUAGCAACCAAAAAACUGUUAAAAUUACGUGGCUCUGAUAAAUAUAAAAAAUAUUUGAUGAAAAAAAAUCCACAGAGUAAGCUUUGCAAAUAUAUAGCAAUGGAAAUGAACGAAGAUGGGUUUGAAGUAACAGCAGUAAAAAAAGAUGUUCUCGAUGAUAUUGGAUCUGGAAUUAAAAAGUUUGGAAAUACCGUAGCUGAGACAGUUAAAGAUGGUCAUGAGACUGUUAAGGAAAAAUUGGGAGUACAGACAUAAAAUUUUUCUUAUAAUUGUUAAUAAAACGAUAAUAUAGCUUAAAUAUAAUAUAUUUAAA